UAACAAGUUAAAAGAAAAACUAAAUAAUAAAAAACAUAUUAUUUACAACCAAAAAAUCCACCAAGAAUUGUAUGUGUCAAUCAGAAAUUGCAUUAGGAGAGAUUUGAAGCAAAACAAAACGAGAAAAAACCUUAAACAUGCCGGGUCCCUGUCAACGUCUGCGUCUACCCUCCCUAACAUCUGUACUUAAGUCAACGACGCCGCGUGCCAACAGUGCAGACUACCCCUCAUCGACGCCACCCAGCAAGCGCAACAACUCCGCCAUCAAUCACCACAGUACCGGUUCAACGACACAUCUAAUGCGUAAACAACAGCAUCGUGUUGUGGUCAUGGGUGCUGCUAAAGUGGGAAAAACUUGCAUUAUUUCACAAUUUCUCUAUGACAAAUUCUAUCCACGUUAUAAACAAACAGUCGAACAAUUGCAUCGUGCAGAAUACGAAUUACCCGAUGGUUCGGCGCUCACUCUUGAUAUUCUCGAUACGUCGGGUUCCUUUGAAUUUCCAGCAAUGCGUACGUUGUCCAUAACGACAGGUGCUGCUUUUAUUUUGGUUUAUGCAGUUGAUGAUAUCGAGUCUUGGUAUGAAGUGGAGAGAUUACGUAAUAUG